AUAAAAAUUUAGUUAUUCUCUCGUGUUUUACACUCGCAUAAGCACAGAAAUGUCUUUUAUUCUCCUAGUAGGUUUAUUAACAAUACAUAUAACGUCAUUCACAUUUUAUUCAGUUUAUUCAUGGAAAAGAAAGAUAACAGGAUUAUCGCUUCAAAAAACACAUUCCAGCCUGAUACCGACGACAACGUUAGAGAAACUAACAAUCAAACUACAAUAACACAUAGGGGUGAUGGCCCAACCAAAGGUGAGGUGGGCCUGAGUUCAAACAAGGAUAGUAAGUAUACCCAGGCAGACGAAAGUCAAUUUGAACCAGAGGGGGCAAGAGGAGAGGAUCCGUUAAUGCCACAACAUGGAAGAAAUGGCCCAGCUAUAGAUCAGGCAGGCCAUACUGAAAAGAUCAAUACUAAGAAUAGGGAAGAAAGAGAAAGUAAAGGUGAUCUAUGUGGGACAAGACAAGGGGAAGACCUGUUUGAGGGACAAUAUGGCGAUGAUUACCAAACCAGAAAUGAGACAGGCCAGCAUGAAAACAAGAAUUUCAAGAAUAAAAAAGUAGACGAAAGUCAAAGUGAGCCGGGUAAGACAAGGGAAGGAGAUGAUCGGUUAGAGGGACAACAUGGAAAGAAUGGACCAACCAGGGAUGAGGUAGGCCAGAGUGAAAACAAGAUUGUCAGAAAUAACCUAUCAGAUAAAAGUCAAUUUGAACCAGAGGGGACAAGAGGAGAUGAUCGGUUAGAGGGACAACAUGGAAGGAAUGGACUAGCCAUAGACGAGACAGCUCAGAGUGAAAAGAUCAAUACUAAGAAUAGGGGAAAGGAGGAAAGAAAAGGUGAUCAAUGUGGGACAAGACAAGAGGGAGACCUGUUUGAGGGACAAUAUGGGGAUGAUUACCAAACCAGAAAUGAGACAGGCCAGCAUGAAAACAAGAAUUUCAAGAAUAACCAAGUAGACAAAAGUCAAGGUGGACCAGAGGGGAGAAGUCAAGAAGAUGAUCUGUUAAAAGGACAAUAUGGGGAUGAUGACUCAACCAGAGAUGAGGCAGGCCAGAGUGAAAACAAGAAUUUUAAGAACAAAAAAGUAGACAAAAGUCAAAGUGAACCGGGUAAGACAAGUCAAGCAGAUAAUCGGUUAGAGGGACAACAUGGAAAGAAUGGACCAACCAGAGAUGAGGCAGGCCAGAGUGAAAACAAGAAUUUUAAGAAUAACAAAGUAGACGAAAGUCAAAGUGAACCGGGUAAGACAAGGGAAGGGGAUGAUCGGUUAGAGGGACAGCAUGGAAGGAAUGGACUAGCCAUAGACGGGGCAGGUCAGAGUGAAAAGAUCAAUACUAAGAAUAGGGAAAAGGAGGAAAGUAAAGGUGAUCUAUGUGGGACAAGACAAGAGGGAGACCUGUUUGAGGGACAAUAUGGCGAUGAUUACCAAACCAGAAAUGAGACAGGCCAGCAUGAAAACAAGAAUUUCAAGAAUAAAAAAGUAGACGAAAGUCAGAGUGAACCGGGAGGGACAAGGGAAGGAGAUGAUCGGUUAGAGGGACAACAUGGAAAGAAUGGACCAACCAGGGAUGAGGUAGGCCAGAGUGAAAACAAGAUUGUCAAAAAUAACCUAUCAGAUAAAAGUCAAUUUGAACCAGAGGGGACAAGAGGAGAUGAUCGGUUAGAGGGACAACAUGGAAAGAAUGGACCAACCAGAGAUGAGGCAGGCCAGAGUGAAAACAAGAAUUUUAAGAAUAACAAAGUAGACGAAAGUCAAAGUGAACCGGGUAAGACAAGGGAAGGGGAUGAUCGGUUAGAGGGACAACAUGGAAGGAAUGGACUAGCCAUAGACGAGACAGCUCAGAGUGAAAAGAUCAAUACUAAGAAUAGGGGAAAGGAGGAAAGAAAAGGUGAUCAAUGUGGGACAAGACAAGAGGGAGACCUGUUUGAGGGACAAUAUGGGGAUGAUUACCAAACCAGAAAUGAGACAGGCCAGCAUGAAAACAAGAAUUUCAAGAAUAACCAAGUAGACAAAAGUCAAGGUGGACCAGAGGGGAGAAGUCAAGAAGAUGAUCUGUUAAAAGGACAAUAUGGGGAUGAUGACUCAACCAGAGAUGAGGCAGGCCAGAGUGAAAACAAGAAUUUUAAGAACAAAAAAGUAGACAAAAGUCAAAGUGAACCGGGUAAGACAAGUCAAGCAGAUAAUCGGUUAGAGGGACAACAUGGAAAGAAUGGACCAACCAGAGAUGAGGCAGGCCAGAGUGAAAACAAGAAUUUUAAGAAUAACAAAGUAGACGAAAGUCAAAGUGAACCGGGUAAGACAAGGGAAGGGGAUGAUCGGUUAGAGGGACAGCAUGGAAGGAAUGGACUAGCCAUAGACGGGGCAGGUCAGAGUGAAAAGAUCAAUACUAAGAAUAGGGAAAAGGAGGAAAGUAAAGGUGAUCUAUGUGGGACAAGACAAGAGGGAGACCUGUUUGAGGGACAAUAUGGCGAUGAUUACCAAACCAGAAAUGAGACAGGCCAGCAUGAAAACAAGAAUUUCAAGAAUAAAAAAGUAGACGAAAGUCAGAGUGAACCGGGAGGGACAAGGGAAGGAGAUGAUCGGUUAGAGGGACAACAUGGAAAGAAUGGACCAACCAGGGAUGAGGUAGGCCAGAGUGAAAACAAGAUUGUCAAAAAUAACCUAUCAGAUAAAAGUCAAUUUGAACCAGAGGGGACAAGAGGAGAUGAUCGGUUAGAGGGACAACAUGGAAGGAACGGACUAGCCAUAGACGAGACAGCUCAGAGUGAAAAGAUCAAUACUAAGAAUAGGGGAAAGGAGGAAAGAAAAGGUGAUCAAUGUGGGACAAGACAAGAGGGAGACCUGUUUGAGGGACAAUAUGGGUAUGAUUACCAAACCAGAAAUGAGACAGGCCAGCAUGAAAACAAGAAUUUCAAGAAUAACCAAGUAGACAAAAGUCAAGGUGGACCAGAGGGGAGAAGUCAAAGAGAUGAUCUGUUAAAAGGACAAUAUGGGGAUGAUGACUCAACCAGAGAUGAGGCAGGCCAGAGUGAAAACAAGAAUUUUAAGAAUAACCAAGUAGACAAAAGUCAAAGUGAACCUGGUAAGACAAGUCAAGAAGAUGAUCGGUUAGAGGGACAACAUGGAAAGAAUGGACCAACCAGAGAUGAGGCGGGCCAGAGUGAAAACAAAAAUGUCAGAAAUAACCUAUCAGAUAAAAGUCAAGGUGAAUCAGAGGGGACAAGAAGAGAUGAUCUGUUAGAGGGACAACAUGGAAGAAAUAGACCAGCUAGAGAGAGAGAUGAACUGUUAAAAAGAAAAAAUGGGGGCGAUAGCUCAACCAGAGAUGAAGCUGGCAAGAGUGGAAACAGCAAUACAAAGUAUUCAAGCCCAGAACAAAUUUUUACCCGAGUAACUCCGCCAUUGCAUAUACUAGAAACUCCAAAAACCAAAAAUACGAUUUCCUUCUAUCUUUUGAUACCUGAAGAGGUUUCCGUCAUUGGUGUAUGCAUGAAAAUCGGUACUGACGAAAAUGUACAUCUUUUCCAAGUUCCAAAUGAAAAAAAAAUCUGGUAUUGUAAUAUCAUAUUUAAUAAAGAUCCGAUAAAGAUUCCGAAGAAUUCAAAGUAUAAAUACAAAAUAUUCCUUGAAAGUUCCACCGGGGAUGAUACGACACAAAGUGGUCUGAAAACUGCAGCAUCAAUCUGCACAGAAAAAGAUGUAAGAAAUGUGGAGUGGCCAGUUCAGUUCGAUGUGUUUAAAUUUCCCGACAACAGACACCGAGAAGAAAUUCUAAGCAACAUCACAGGUUUAGAUGUCAAGUCACUAUCAACAAUAGACGUGCAGGAGUUGGAAGAAUACGUCCAGUUAGAAGAUGAGACGAGAGAAGAAAAAGACAAAGACGUUGUGCUAAAGUUAUUUCUUGCAAUAAUGGAUAAAGAUAAAGAUGAAUUCACAGAAUUGUUAUUUGAACUUUCAAAAUCAAAGUCAAUUCUUACACAAGAUCUACUGCUUAACGUUCUACAAAGCAAAGAUUUCAAGAGAGGCUGGCAUGAUAUUCCAGACCAAAAAAAGAAAGUAUUGAGUACACAGCUAAUCAGAAAUUCACAAGGAUUAUUUAGAGAAUUCCUAGGCAACAGUGUUGGCGAAAGAAUUUUGUUCUGUAUCUUGGGAAGAAUAGAAGUACCAAAUGUUGAAAGAGCCGAAGUGAAUGAAGAAAAUAUCAUCAAAAUCCUCGAUUGGUAUGAUGUUUGGAUCAACUUACUGAAAACUAACGAAGAGAAUGGGGACUCCGAAAAAUAUGAACCCGGAAAAAGAAUUUGCAAAGAACUAGCAGAACGCAUUAAAAAUGGCAAUAUAACCACCGAUUUCAUAAAAGUGCUCGACAAAGAAAAAGAUAAAGUUUCAAAAUUAUGUGCCGGAGUGUCUGAUGAGCAAGAGCAGUUUUUUGUGAAUAAAAUCACUGAAUUAAUGAGCGUUCUGAAUGAAUCUUCCAAAAAAGUUCACUCUCUAAAGUCCGCGAUUGACUAUGGAAAGGAAAUAGCAACUGAUAAGACUAUUGGAACCAAAAAUAUUGAUAAGGCACUCGACGACCUAAAGAAAACCUGGCGUACCAGAGAGAUGAAGGAAUUACAGGAUGAUAAGUUUUGGGAAACAUAUUCGCUCCUAAAACCAGCCCAAGCAUUGCAACCAUUGGUGAAUUCCCAGUUUUUUAGAGUUGUGGCGAGAAGAGAACUCGAAAAGUUAACGACAGAAUUUGACGAUUUUUAUGCACUGAUUACGUUCCUUGCUACAAAAGCCAAAGAAGAAUUCUUAAAUAUGUGGAAUGAGCCCAAAACACUUAUGGUAGAAUCAAUGAGCAAGUUACUUAACAACUUGAAUGAAAACGAAUUGGAUAACGAGCUAAAGCUUUUGGAAGAAAACCUUGGGGAAACGCUGUUUCAGAAUGUCAACAUGUACACCAAAGAGUGUUCCAAGUACCCAUAUACUUUGGAACGGGUAAAAGCUAUAAUAGGCAUACAUCAAAUCUUCAAAUUAGCAGACAGUUCAGGUAAAAUGACGGAAAUUGUAAAGUUUCAAACGGAUUUAGAGAAAAUUGCUAAGAUGACCUUAGGCAGUUUACAUGAACUCAUGGAAAACACAAAACAAUUAAAGCCAAUAUUCAAUCUUGAAGACGCCGGUGAUUGUGUGGUUGAAGAGUUGUCGCGGUCAAGUGAAUUGGUUAAUUUCAUCGAAGAAAUAGCUGACGAUGAUAUUCGUUUUCUUAUCGAUGCCGUUGAAGAACAUUUUGACCAGUUUAUAUCAGAAUCGUCAGUUUCCGAUCUUAUCGAAGUCCAUGGUUGUCUCAAACCUUUGAUAAAGAAGAAGAAGGAAGGGAAUUUAAAUUUCCAGGGCCUCCUAUGCAUGUUAAAAGAAUCUUCCAUUGGUCAUAAAGAUAUAGCAGGAAAGAUUAAGCAGUGUAGUACUAAUGUCAACAGCCUUCGUGGAUUGUACAUGAGCAUUACCAACCGUGGUGAGAUGACUAAAGAAGUAAUUCGAAAUUGCCUGAACAGAGGAGAAUAUUUGGUGUCGCAAAAAGAUGGAAAAUGUGAAAUUAAGAUGAGUUACGAACUUCAGAAUAGAAGCAAGGAUGUGAAGCAUUAUUCUUUGUCGGAACUAUAUGACUUACGAAGUCGUGCGCAUCUUAUUGCUAUCUCUCAUACAGCUAGAUCUAGUGAGUCUAAAGAGUGCAGUGAGGAUUCUAUCAAAAGUACUGAGGCCAGUGAUCAAGGAAAAAAACAUACGCGCACUCACACAGACACACACAGGGAAAUACAAACCAGUGAACAUAUCGAUUUUGACGACUUCAUACAUCAGGUUAAUCUGUUGACUGAAAUUUCUACUCUUCUAUUAAGACUGAAUUCGUCUGGGUAUGUGAAAUAUCGCGAACCGUUUUCGAAGAUGAUGAAGUCAACUAUAGAACUUGAAGGGAACAGGGACAAUUUGAAAGACGAGCUAGAAAACUGGGAAGAAGAGUUAGAACACGCACGUGGUAACUUCCACUUUCUUAACUACUACCACUCCGAUCAAAUCCUCACACUGUACGAUUUUUUCAAAAAUGGUUCGAAAGAUAAUUACCCAGAUGUCCUUUCGUUACUAAAAUUCGUCGAUCGAACUAUGACUACACAGCAAUUGAAGAAGCAUCAAGAGGGUCAGGAGUUGCCACACUCUGAUUUGAAUAAAAACCCGGCGGCGAAAUUACUCUCAACUGUCGGUAAAGGUUUAGAAAAAUUUUUUAGAAAUUCGCAACAUGUCAUCAGAAAAAUACCAGAAUUUCACAAGCCAAAAUUUGAAGUUACUCCGGGAGAAAUUUUUGUUGCUGUUUUGGAGGCGGGAAGUCUAAAAACAGCAAAAGUCAGUGACGACGAGAGCACGUCAAAAAUAUUUCGAGAGUCGUAUCAAACUGUUUUCUGCAGCUCCGAGACAACAUGGAAUGAAAUACAUCUUUUAAUUCAAAGAUGCUUCGCGCUUUCAAAAUAUCCCAAUCAUAAAAUUAUCUUUUGUAUAACCAAUGUUGAAUUGCUACGAAAUGAAUUACAAGUUAGACUAGUUAGGGAAAUUAAAGAGAAACAGAAAUGCUUUCAAGGACGUGAGGGGAGUAAGAAUAAAAACGCCUAUUUUAAACUUGUACUAAUAUGUCGUAGUGGAGACAAACACCACAUUGUCGAACAGUUUGCCCAAUAUACACAACACUUUGCAAGUAUGACGGACCUUGUCGCCAGUUUGACGACAGAAGAUACGAAAAAUCAAAAGCAUGGCAAACUGGAGGCCACAGUUAGAAAAGGAGAGAUAUUUGUUGCUAGUUUGAAACCGAAUAGUCCAUUAACGCCCAACGUCAUCCUCGCCCUGUAUGAAAACACGUCGAAGGCAUUUCCAGAACCAUCUCAAAUUGUUUUCUGUAGAUCCGAAACGAAGUGGGAAGAGAUACAACUUUUGCUUAAAAGAUGUUUCAAGCAUCCAAAAGAUCCGCGUCAUGAAUGCUUGUUCUGUAUUGCAUGUGUUGAAUUGUUGCCAAAUGAAUUGCAAUUCAAGAUGGUUAAUGAAAUUAAAAUGUCUGUCAACUCACCUGACUAUAAACUUGCUUUGAUUUGCCGUGGUGGCGACCAUCACCACAUUGUGGAGCAGUUCGCCCAAUAUACCCAUCACAUUACAGGUAUGAGUGAUUACACCUUCGGACAGCGUCUCAAAGCUGGUUGGCCUAAUGUAAAAAUGGUCACAUCCACUCUUCCGGGUUUAGGAAAAACAGAACAAAUAAAACACGAGGCACUUGACAAAAGCAUGAACGUUGUUACAUUUUCCAUCACAGGUCCAUUUGACCUGAGCAAACUCAUCCAGCGUCUAAAAAAGCUCAAGGUUAAGAAAUAUCAUUGUCUGCAUCUGGAUAUUGGUGAACUGAGCGAUCCGCUGUCGUUGGACACAUUCUUAUUUCAACUGAUUGUCACAGGAAUGGUUUCGGCUGAAAAUCAGUUUUAUCAUCUACCAACAACACACGUUUAUAUUGAAAUAGCCAAUACAAUGAAAGAUAAGCUCCGGGAAUCGAUGAUGAUAUCAAAAUAUUUCAACCGUAUUCACUUGGAAUGGCAACAUUACAAGGAUUAUUUAGUCACCGAUGCAAUAACAAGUAAUGCUCAAAUUGUUUGCCAGUACUUAGAAAUCUUCGAUCAAGGCUGUAUUGAUUCGAAAGACGUUCUUUUCAGCGAAUCUAAAACACCCGAACCACUGAAAGCAUGUCGUUGUCAAAAGCUUUUGGCAAAACAUUUCUCGUCAAAAGACGAUACCACCUUUACAACGCUCCAAACGUUUCUACAAGUACUGGCUAAACAACUUCUGAAAUUUUCUAGGAGUGCUUUUUUUAAAGUUGCAAAUCUUAAAUCUAUGGUGGGUGAUGAACAGAGUAUCCGAAAUAUUCUUUUUAAGGCUCUUUUCGAUGUCUCAAAGGAGUUCGCAUCUCGCGCCAUAACAACUUGUAGCUCAAAAGGAAUAAAAAAUAAUGCUCAAAAUCAGCCAGCAAGCGUUUCUAAAUCUGCCAAAAAUAUGGUUCAACGUGUACAAGGGAUGACAAAAUGGAAAGACAACAACCAUUUGGUGGUCGUGUUUCAUGGUCUUUACUCCCAAGCAAUCACCGCUUUUUAUCGCGACAAAUCUGCCGUCCCACUGAGCGUUGAAAAAUUACUAAAGAGUCAAGACGUCACAGGAAAAGAGCUUGAUGACUUCAAAGAAUUUACUCAAGAACAGUUGCAGAAGAAGUUAGAGAUGAUAGCUCUCGCGAAACCUGUGAGAGGAGAAAGAAAAUUAUUCCCAGGUUACGCUCUGACUCCAGAUAACAUCUUGAAAAUGAUAUUGAUCAUAUUACGGGUCCGUGCCAGUGUUCCAGUUAUCAUCAUGGGGGAGACGGGUUGUGGAAAGACAAGUCUCGUUCAAUAUUUGGCGAAUACUUGCGGAGUGCGGUGCUGCACAUUUCACUUGCAUGCUGGACGUUCUGAAGAAGAAAUAAUCAAAUUUAUUGAAGAAGUGGAAAGUUAUGCCAAAAACAUCAAUGAGCAAGUAUGGGCUUUCUUGGAUGAAAUAAACACAUGUGAUCAUCUAGGUUUGAUCAACGACAUAAUGUGUCAUCGUACCUUGUUGGGAUAUUCGUUACCCAAGAAUCUUGUUUUCCUUGCAGCUUGUAACCCGUACGUGUUGCGUUCUGAAGAACAAAUCAAGACAGGUGGCCUUGAAGUCAAGAAUAUAAUUGAUGAGUAUUCUGGUCUUGUUUAUCGUGUCCAUCCACUACCCGAAGCUAUGAUUGACUAUGUUUGGGAUUAUGGCUCCUUGUCCCCAACAGAUGAACGAGAUUAUAUUAAGAGGAUGGUGAGAUGCAAACCAGAAGAGGAUCAAAGAAUGUUAGUUAAUUUGCUAUUUGAAUCUCAACAGUUUAUUCGGAAAGCUGAAAACAACAACUUUUGUGUCAGUUUACGUGAUGUGCAUCGAUGCAUUCACCUGAUCGGCUGGUUUGAAGAAAAAAUAAAGGAACGAGAAAAGGUAGAUGCAACACCCCCUGAGAAAGAGUGCCCCAAAAACAUUCAUAAGUGUUACCACCUGUCAGAAGGAUAUGACGUGAAGCUCAACAGCGUUGUUCUUGCUCUUGCGCAUUGUUAUUUGUCCCGAAUGCCAACUGCAAAAUUGCGCAAGAAUUACAGAGAACAAAUGAUUAAAUUGUUAACUAGUAAUGGAAAAACAAUGAGCACAAAAGAUAAUUCAGAUAUUUUUGAAGCAAUUGUACGUAUGGAAGAAGACGAUAUUUUGAAUCGAAUGGAACUCCCCGCAGGAACAGCAAGAAACGCCGCCCUACGUGAGAAUGUUUUUGUAAUGCUUGUUUGCAUUUUAAACCGCAUUCCUAUCUUCGUAGUUGGAAAGCCUGGCUGCAGCAAGUCAUUAUCCAUUCAAUUGAUCCGAAGCAACCUACGCGGACGUGAUUCACAAGAUCCUUGGUUCAAAAAGUUGCCUCAGCUUUACGUCGUCUCAUAUCAAGGUUCAGAAUCUUCCACGUCAGAAGGAAUCAUGAAAGUGUUUGAAAAAGCACAAAAAUACAAAGAAUACAACAAAGAUGGAAAUAUCUUGCCUGUCGUUCUACUCGAUGAAGUUGGAUUAGCUGAAAAUUCAAAAUACAACCCUCUUAAAGUUCUACAUAGCUUGCUGGAGCCUGGUGAAGGGAAACUUCCUGAAAUUGCAGUUGUGGGAAUUUCAAAUUGGUCGUUAGAUGCCGCAAAGAUGAACCGAGCAAUUCAUUUGUCCAGACCUGAGCCUACCAAAGACGACCUUUACGAGACGGGGUAUUCUCUACAUUAUUCUGUUAAUGGAGAUAGCAGUCAUUGUUUGGCAAAGGGAGAAAUUAAAUGUUUAGCUGAUGCCUAUUUUGAAUAUCAAACACAACAAAUAUAUUCUAAUUUCCAUGGUCUGCGCGAUUACUAUUCCCUGGUUAAAACAGUUUGCAGCAAAAUUGAAGAAGUUAAUGUUUCAUUACAGCGCAACUUUGGUGGCAUUCCUGAUGAAGUAACCAAUAUUCAAAAAAUCUUCCUCAACAAAUUGGACAACACAACUUCCUGUGAUAUCAUCCCAGUAAUCCAGUUAAUUCAAGCGAAUCUUGAAGAUCCCCACGCUCGUCAUCUGAUGCUUAUAACAAGUGGAGAUUCAGCCAUUGGAAUUUUGGAACAAAGUUGUGUUAACUCGAAGAAGGAAAUCAUCAAAAUCUAUGGCAGUCGUUUCGAGGAGGACCAGUCUGAAGAGUACAACUACAGAAUUUUGAGUCGUAUUAUUCUUUGCAUGGAGCGCAAUUGCAUCUUGAUACUAAGAGAUCUAGAAAGAAUAUAUGGAAGUUUGUAUGAUAUGCUAAACCAGAAUUACGCAGUGGUCAAGAGCAGAAAACACUGUCGUGUUGCGCUUGGAGCCUACAGCAACUCAAUGUGCCAAGUAGACGAUGGAUUUCGUUGCAUUGUUCUCGUUGAUCAACAUAAAGUGGAUUAUUCUGACCCUCCAUUCCUUAACAGAUUCGAAAAGCAACUUUUACGAUUUUCUGAUGUGUUGACUGAAGAUCAGAAGGGUGUCAUUAAGGAACUCCGUGAUUGGGUUAAAGGAAUGUCGACAAUACAAGCUUUAGAAUCAAAUUUCAAAGAAACAGAUUUGUUCAUUGGUUUCCAUGAAGACACCCUACCAUCAUUGGUCUUGUCACAUGGAAAAGAAAAAGAUGACGUGCUACAGAAAUGUAAAGAUGACUUAAUGUGGAUUGCAUCUCCCGAUGGAGUGCUUCGGAUGAAAAAAUGCACAAUAUUGAAAAACGAUUCACAUGAGGUGCAGAACUUACAUGAUGAAUAUUUCAAGAAACCAAUCCACCAAGGUUUUAGGGCUUUUAUGGAACACGUAACUAGCCAACAGAAAUCAUCUUUCUUUGCCACUGAUGAAAUGGGCUCCAAAACGGUUGUCAUGACAUUUGCAAACAUUCAUACAAAUAUUCUCAAGUCCUUGGGGGACAAUUGCCAAACUGAACGGCUUAGUGCGUAUAAAUCUGAGAAACAACUGACUGAAAUGAUCAACAAAUACUGGAAUGCCCCAGAUAAGGAGUUGUUAGUUUUACAAUGUAAACCAGGUUUUGACGGUACGCACUUGCUACAUGCACGUUUUAUCAUCGAAGAAGAAAGAAAUGCCUACAAACGGGGAUUAACAAAAAAGAAAGCACAAACAAACAAGCAUGUUUGUAUCGUAGUGCACGUUCAACGCGGAGAAACACCAGAUGUUUCCUGGCAGUUUAGUUUUCUGAGUGGUUGGAGACUAGUAUUCCUUGAUGUCCUUGACGCCCCUCCAAUCCCACUGAACGAAAUACUUGGUAAAAGUGUAAAAGAUCUUCUGACAUCCAAUUGGCCCAUUAGCGAAAUUGUGCCAAACCACCUGUUAUGGUGUUUCACCUGCCUUAAAUAUACUGGUAAACAACGUCCUGUAGAUACUGUUUUACACAUUGCAAACAAUCUCUUCCGAUCGGAAGCGGUUUCGAAAAAUAUCGAGGAAUUAAUUUUACAGUCAGUAGACCUGAAAGCCUUAGAAGAUGUAAAUUGUUCAAAUUGGCAAGUUCGAGUUGCAUGCGACCGCCAGUCGUUAGUUAAUUCAUCCACUCUCUACUAUGCUUUGAAACAGUUUGUAUCGAGAUUAGUCCGAGAUCCACUGUGCAAAAUUGUAUAUUUCCUGGAAAAAGAGAAUGCUUGGCCGCCUCAUCUAAGUCAAGACACUGACGAUACCCUAAAACCAAAAAUGGAAGAAAUUUGGUGCAAUUUAAUCCAGAAAACUUUCAAAAUAUCCGAUAUACCAGAGUAUCUUGUUGAAAACACAAGCCUUCACCUAUGCCUACCUUUCAGCCAACUAGUCAGCAGAAAAGUUGACGAAGUCAAGGAACUGUUUUUAGAAGACCACGCAAAACUCCUUGAAAAUGACGAGGCUGAGGAAACAGCUCGGCAACAAAAAGUGAAAAGAUUCGCGGUGAUAAUCAAAAACUCGGUUCCUGAACUUUCCAGUUAUACUCGGGACUGUUACGACUUGUACAUGAAAGAUAUUUUCGAUAUAAUGACUGCCGAUUUUAGCAAAACACUAAGUCGUCCACAGCGGUUGUCAUUAGCGCAAGCUGUGUUUCUUUCAGAAAUAAAGCCAAGUUUGCCACCGGAUGACAUGGUCGAGUUUUGUACAUUGCUACACACCUUCGUAUGGGUUCAUCGCGAACGGAUUGGUGAUUUACUAAGAAUGAUUGAUUUAUGUCGGCCGUUUAUAGGACUUAACGUUUUAGAAAGUUUAACAAAAGGCAGCCCAUUUAGUAGCUCAAAAAAGGUCAUUUUGGUGAAAUCAUUACCUCACAUCCACGACGGGGAAGAAUCCGUUGAUACAGAAAGAGAGCAUCCAGGUGAAUCAGAAACGUUUGCAGACAUCUUGGUUACAAGGUACUGUGAAGAAAUGCUUCCUUCGCCUGAAACGGUCAAACAAAAUGGUGGUGUCGAAGCUUGGAGACGAAACGCAAAUUUACUGCUUUCAUUGGCGCUAAUAAUAAGUGAAUAUCCAUCCGCCGUACAUUACCUACGUUUAUGUGUGAAUUUCUCAAGUAUUAUCACUCCUUUAAAUUUACCUUCGUUGCAUAAUCUUCACAAAAUCGGUCUUGAUCUUAAACCGGAAUACCUAGAAAACAAAAAAUCAUUCGAAGAAAUAAAUAAAAAUUUAAUAAAACCACUUGAGAAAGAAAGGAGUAUACAAAAGCAUGAUUUACAAAAGUUCUUGGCUCUAUUUUAUGGUUGUUGUAUCGACACAAACGUUGAUGCCUCCGCUGUUUCUCCAAUCAUAAAAAACGUUUUGUCGUUGGAUCGAGCGGAGUUUACAAUGAUGAUGAGUUCUGUUGUCCUACCGCUACUCAUGGUUGAAGAAAUACAGUCACCUGGAAUAUUUAUCGACUUAAUUUCCACGUCUCGUGAUAUAGAGAGUUGCCCUUGUCUUCAGAAUAUCGACGUAGCUUUCAAAGAACGUUUUGAGCAAGGUUUAAUACACCAUGAUUCGUAUCCUGCGGUAAUGAUUUGUGAUCUAAUUCAAUGUUUGUUAAAAUUCGAUCUUCUUAAAUGCAAGGAUCGAAAUGACAAUGGAACGUUUAAAUUUAGAGACGUUAAUGGCUCUGAUUGUGAAGUUCUUACAGUUGUAAAAUCUGCCAUAGGAUUGAUAUCCCAAAACAGCAAAGAUAAGUGUGGUUUAAAAGUUCUCUCAGCUGUCGCAUUCCUUAGAGAAUUCAUCAUUAAGUUAGCGAAGUUCAUUGCAAAAAAUCCUGGUGUAGUGAAGAAAGACAGUCCAUAUGCUUGUGUACUGACAGAAAUCAACUCACUUUUGAAAUAUUCAAAAACCUCACUACAAGUGUUUCUCAUAAAACAACUGCACAAAAAUUUAAAUCUUUUUGAUUUACAAAAUUUGUUUGAAAAAGACAAUAUUCUUUCAACUGAGGAGAAAUUAUUGCCUCACGAUAUGAUGAAUCCUGACAUGCAAGAUAUAGCUGUAUUUACAUCUGUACUCAAGUAUUCCGAAUACGAGGAUGCAAAGGAUUCUUUCUUGAAAUUGAUGUCAGAGGAAGAUGAGUCAUCCAUUAAAACAUUUUUAAGUAAAUGCAAUGGCUCUCCAAAACAUGCCUUUGUUCUCCUUGGAAUGCUCAUAAAUAUGGUCUAUUUAAAGCGGACUAAACGAAAACUCACUGAUAAAGAAGAAAAAUCAGUCGAAUGGUUUGUUGUAAAUACAGAACCCUUCCCAACGUUAUUUCGGGAACUUUUGCUAAAAAUUAUCGGUCAGCCUGAUUUCAAUUGUUCAAAACUUCAACUGACACCCGAGUCGUCAGUGAGUGAAAUAGAAACGGUUCUGCUGGUUCUUCACGUUGCCUGUAUCGUCGCCACUAGUUUCCCAGGCGAAAAAUCACCAAUGUAUCGAUACUUCACAAAUCCUCAAAAAUUCGUACAGCCUUGUGUUCUUGCCCAUGGUAAAGACGAGAUCCGUUCCGUAUUUGAACACCAACUAUUCAUCCAAGAAUCUGUUCAUGUAACAUGCUCCUGCAGUUUGAGGUUAGCUUUCAAAGACACAAUAAAGGAAAUCGCGUGUCCACGCUGUCAUGAAGCAUUGAAACAUGAAUCAAAGCGCAUCACGUGUUACGAUAAUUCAAGUUCAGAAUCGGAUCUUUGCACAAAGCACAUGACUCCAGCGGUUUAUCGUGCUUUACAUCUCAUUGUUUAUUCGUCCUACUACGCUGGAAUUGAGGUGGGAACUUCGACAGAGGAAAGUGUGUCAAGUGUCCUAAAUAUGUUGCACGGAUCUGAAGGAAAACACAAAUCCAAAAGCGCAGAGGAUUUUUGUUUUGAAACUAUCGAAUCUGAUAUGCAGCAUUUAAUGAAAAUUCUUAGUAAUAAGAAAGAUGUUGUAAUAAAAACCAUGCAUGUCGUGCUUGAGAGAAGUUCAGAUCUCAUCAGAAGUAAAAAUUUACUAGGAUCAAACGACUGCUCAACACCAGAGAUGCGUCGAGAAUGGGAGGGUGAGUUUGCGAAGCGUACAAAAGAGGUGUUUCUGAAUUCCAGUGAAAUGUCCAUGGAAAUAAAAAAUAUGAUGAAACUGCAACAGACUGAAGACAGUCAAACGAAGGUUACAAUGUACGCCCGCAUCUUGGAACUCGACAAAUAUCCUGAGCAUCGCGAAGAGCAGAAUCAGCAGUUAAAGAGAUUAUUUCGAGUGACGAAACAACCAUCUUUUGAAGAUUUCCGCUCGGCAUUUUUGCAUUCUCCAAAAGACGUUCAAUCAAAGCACAGUUUCUUGGCCUUGUUCUUCGCAAAGUUUAAUCAACUAACGAUGGUAGGAAAUCUUCAUCAUCUGUUGAAAUGGUCUCGUCUCGUAUCAUCAGCAUUAACUCACCGCAUCAGUAGAAAAGAUGCAGAAUCUAAAUCAAUUAAUGACUUCAUAACCGGCCACCUUUUAGAGAUAAACCGCAGUCCACAAGAAAAAAGCAGCUUCAAAAUGUUGUUUGAAAAGUUUCAAAAAGCGUGGAAUGAAGUUUGUUCGUUAAUUGAACAAGGAGUUAACGAAGUGGUGAUGCCAGGACUAAUGGAGACGGAUUAUAUAGCUUACUGUCUAACGGAAGGUGAAUAUAGCAUUCACCUUGAAAAAGCUAUCAAAAUGCUAGUUUCACACCAAAAUUCUAUCUUAGACGCAACAAUUUCUCUUUCAUCACGUCGGCAUCCGGCUCUGGGUUUCCUUGAAAAGAAAAACUGCAGCGGUGUCGCGAUCGCUUCGAUUCAAGAAGUCAAAGAGGAGGAAAUAAUCAGUUUUCAAUGGUCUGACGAUUUGUUGAAAUACACACCAAGGAAUCUCGAGUAUGGUAAAGGCCACGAAAUCGCGUAUGAUUUUGAACGAAUAGAAAUGUGGCUUGCAAAAAAAAUAGCGUUCGGAAAGUGCUAUUUGGCAGGUACACUGAACAAGUUCAUAUUUGCAAAGGAAUUGUUUCACAUCUGUGGCCCUUUAUUGACGGAGUUUCGAUCAUUAAUAAAACAAAGUGAAACAUUGCCAGAGGAUGUGGGUAAAGAAUUGGUGAAGCUGAAAGAACAGAGGAUCAAAGACGCCCAAGAUCUUCUUCAACAUAUAGAAGUGCUCAUCUUCUUGCUAAAACGAAAAUUUAAGGACAUAAACGUGGAUAUGACAUUGAAACAUUUCACUGAAAACUGUCCCACUGAAAUCUCCUUCCCAGUAAAACUAUUCCCCCAAACUGGAAGUUUGAUCAAGAUAGAACACGUUGCUGCACUUUACGAAGCUUUGGAAGACGUUCUUGCUGAUGGUGCUAUUGAAGGACUUGAUAGAAAAUUUCGGAAAAAAUUGACAGACGACAUGAAAAAGACCGUUACCGCUAUGACAAACAGAACGACUGGCGGUGCUCAAUUGAUACCACGCAAAUUCUUGAAAGUGCUUCGUCGUUUCGUUUUCCGUUAUCUCUCAUCUGAAAAGUACUGGCCUGAACAGAGUACACCGUUGCAGUGUCAUUUGCAGGAACCUUCGCUGUGGUCCUCACUUAGACCACCAAAUAUGGAUGAUAUCCCGAAAGAAAUUACUCUAGAAUACAUCUACUCGAUAGUGAAGUAUCUUGAAGAAGAAGAGAAGAAAAAGGAACGCAAAACCAUAAUUAGUACAUCAGGGCAAGUAAGCAACAUUGGCCAACGACGUCAGCUUAGGAAAGCGACGUUUAUAAAAUGAUCUGAAAGUAUACAGCCUCAUUUAUAGACAAACAAUAAAAUGCUUUUGUUAUUCUUAAUGUAGCGUUGCUAGGAAUAUUUAAAAUUUAACCACAGGUAUUAAAGGUAAAUGAUCGAAGUAAAUACAAUGUGCGCAAAAUAUAAAGCCAAUCUUGAAAGCUACAGUUUCGGUUUUUUCGACGAAAAAUGUAUUUUGAGGGUGUUAAUUAUUAAAGGUGUAUUUUAUAUACCGAAACAUUUUGUGUGAAAAUGAAAUCCAAGUUAAGUUGGAGGUCAAAAUUGGCUUUAUGCGAUCUCAGGCUAGUGGCUAUUAUAUCUUCGAAGUUGUAUUGUAACUAUAAUAACUAUUAUGUCAACCUUAUAUAAUAGACGAAACUAUAUAUAGUAGAACUAGUGAUUUAUAGCAAGUCUCUACUUAGAUCGGGACCUGGUUUCUUUCCUUUGCGAGGAUAGCCAUGUUACCAAUUUCCCUUCGGGGCCUGAUGACGAUACAGACAUCAAUGAAAACAACUUAUAUAAUUUAAUAUUAAUAACGGCUACCUCUACAGUCACCGCUUGCAUGAUGGAGACAUAUCUAGUAUGUAAUGCAUUGUUUCAUUACUAAUAUCAUUAUACAUUAUAGUAUAAUACAAGCAAUUUGAUUAGCUAAUAGUUGACAGAUAAAUCGCGCAAUUACGCAAAAUUCAGUUAUCUGCUAGCAGAUAACUGAGUUAUCUGCAAGUGAGCCUGCGGUGGUUAACAAGCGGUAUUCAUUUGAAUGUAUUUAUGUAUUAAUAAUUUAUGUAUUUUUGGAUGUCGCUAUUAAAU